AUGCUGACUUCGGAGAAGUGUUUUAUUUGGCUGUUGAUGGUGUGUGGCAUGAUGCCAUUUCGACUCAAUGCAACAUCGGGUCGUUUUGUGGAAAGUAUAGUAUACUACUGGGCUUGCGUUUUUCUGAGUGUACUAUACGCAAUAUUCGCCCCACUCAUUUAUUGGAACGGAAUUGGAAGUGUAAUGCAUCCGAGCACCCCUUUGGUCAACUACAUGAUAGUGAUGCAAUUUGUCUUCACGUACUCUGUGGUCCUUCUAUCCCGUUUCGAAGCCAUUACCCAAUGUGGUAAGCUAAUGCACCUGCUGAAUUCCAUAUUACACCUGCGUGAGAAAACGUCUCUACACACAGAUGUCUCUUUGUUUGAGAAAAGGUUAGCACGACUUCUUUGGUUUAAAGUGAUCGUCUUUGAUUUUGCCAUGUUGAUCAUAUGUGGGGCCUUUUUUAACCCGAUGCAAGGACGUACCCUAUGGAAUAUGAUCGUGGGAUAUGGUAACAUGAUGCUAGUGAGCACCAUGAACAUGACCGUCAACUUUCUUCUGGCGGUCUUGUACCGGGCGGAGCAUAUUUAUUGUCAGAUAAAUGUUCGAGUUGUUGAGAUUAUGCAGGGCACUAAAACCCCGAACGAAAUCGUCAAACUGUACCUUCAGCAUACCGACACCACCGUUACCGUGCAGGGCAUGUUGGAGAUUCUGAGCAUACCGUUGCUACUGCUUAACUUGUGGUACUUUUUCGUCGUAGUUUUUGCGGUCUUCUACACUUACACUAGCGUGGUGCAGGAUAUGCGUAGUGGAGGACAUUUUAACAUCGCAAAUCCAAUUACUUUCCUUGUAAGCGAAGUAGGACAGAUUUAUUAUAUGGUCACAGCGUCCCAGAAGUUUACAGAAAGUGCACGCUCUAUCAUUCAAUCUUUGUCAUGCUCCACGAACAGGAUGGUGGACGAUACGAACGAUCAAGCGGUUGAGCUACUCACAAUCGAGUACCUGAGUCGGGACUAUACCGUUCGCAUCAAAGGGUUGUACACAAUAGACAACACAAUGCUUUUUUCCGUGAGUAAUAAAGUUAAGAAAGAAGUCAUCAUCAUAUUUCCCACUGACGAAAAUUACCGUUUCACAGAUUGUUGCUAGUACGACCAGUUACAUGAUUAUAUUAGUGCAAUUCUACCUCCAGGAAUAAAAGAAAUACCAAUACCGUAGAUCGCAGGAUAUGC